UGUUACGCUCCGGUGUUUUGUUUUACGUGCCGACAAAUGCGCUGCGACCAGCCAAUUGAACAUUAAACUUUUCAAUAUCUUACCCAUAAAAGUAAUGUAAAAUGUAUUUCCAUAUUAUAAUCGUUAUGUGAAAAAGUAAUCGAAAUUGUUAUGUGAAACGGCAAAAAUAAUGUUUCAUUGGCGUUUGCGGUUCGAUGUGAAAAUUAUUACCGGCUAAGUGUUUUUGACAUGACUUGUUAUCCUGAAAAGAAUAACAAUUCUACAAUGUCCGCUGGUCAAAAUAUUCUCUUAAGACUGUCCAUAGUAUUAGGGAUGGCAGCCGCCGUGGUCACGAUACUGUAUCUGACUCCCAUGCCAGAUCAAAAUUUCAAGAGCUGUGAUAGACCCUGCCAUCAAUUAGACUGGCCUAUGAUAUGCCGGGUGAAACUGAAUAUCGAAAUGUAUCAUAUAGAUAAUCGAAUUUGUCAAGAUUGCAGAAACAACUCCUCCACGUCAUCCCACUGCAAUAACAUAUUUUGCGCUAUGACCGACACCUCUAAUUCCAACGGGAUUAUAACUGCGAAUCGACAGUUACCAGGGCCGGCUAUACAAGUCUGCGAGAACGACAUUUUGAUAGUUGAUGUGAUAAAUAAAAUUCCUGGUCAUAGCGUAUCGUUGCAUUGGAGGGGGCAACCUAAUGCCGAAACUCCCUUCAUGGAUGGUGUGCCAAUGAUCACGCAAUGUCCCGUUCCCAGCUUCACAACGUUCCAGUACAAAUUCAGGGCAUCGUACGCGGGGACACACUUUUACCACGCCUUCUCAGACAACGACAGAUCGAGGGGGCUUUUCGGUGCUUUGGUCGUUAGGAAAGCGGAUAAAAUAGAGCCUCAUAAAAAGCUUUACGAUUUCGAUUCCAAAGAUCAUAUUGUGCUUAUAUCUGAGUGGUCAGGAGACUUCACGUACGACGGAAUGGCCAAAAAAGACGUCCCCAAAGCUUUACUGAUAAACGGCAGAGCUCCGAGCGAGCAAGGUUCAAGCCUGACAGUUUACCAUGUUAAACCCGGCAAGAGAUACCGAUUUAGGGCAGCACAUACGGGCGGAUCGGUUGGCUGCCCCGUCAGUUUAUCCAUAGAUAAGCACAUGCUAAAAAUAAUUGAAUUGGAUGGUAACGCCAUCAAUCCGUACGAAGUGAGCAGCGUGCAGCUCGCCAAAGGCGAAAGGAUAGAUUUCGUUUUGAAAGCGUCGGCCGAAAAUGGCGCUUUCUUUUUAAAUGUGAAAUCCAAUUGCGGAAACGAACUCAGUGGUCUGGCAGUUAUCAACUACGAGGCGGUGAAGAAAUCCACAAAGAAUUCAGUUUCGAGAAACGAGAUAGCUAGAAGCUUCAAUACCUCAUUCUGCGACACUCAGAUCGGUAAAGUUUGUUUGCAGGACGUCAAGGCUUUAAUCAAAAUUGACGAAGAGCUGAGGAACCGGGAAGUUGAUCACACUGCUAUCCUCGAAAUCGAUUACAAAUACAGAGAAAAGGAAACUAGUUACGGUGGAUUCACGGACUUGCGGUCAAAAGUUUACAGAGUCAACAAUUACACCUUCAGUUUUCCGUCAUCGCCCUUGCUUACACAAUUUUCGGAUGUUCCCUUUGACGUCAUUUGCAGCCAAUUCGUUUCGCCCCAGCGAUGUAGGGAUCGGAAUGUUUGCGAAUGUGUCCACGUUCAGUUUGUAAAACUCGGAUCUUCGGUUGAGGUCGUUCUGAUCGAUCAGAGCGGCGAUGAAGAGCACGUGUUCCAUUUCCACGGUGUUCACUUUUACGUGGUCGGUUCCAGACAAUUCGAUAGACCAGUAAGUAGGCAAGAAGUGGAGGAUCUGGACAAGACAAAUCACCUUCUCAAGAGAAACCUCCUGAAUCCGGUGAGGAAGGAUACGGUCAGGGUGCCCAAAUACGGGGUCGUUGUGAUUAGAUUCCUAGCGAAAAAUCCGGGAAUGUGGAUGUUACGUGAUGAAAAAUCGGUUGGUUGGACGAAAGGUCUCGACACGGUCUUUCAGUUUGGUGAUAUCGGCGAAAUGGUGGCGACCCCAUCUAAUUUUCCAUCUUGUGGAAAUUACAUCGGACCUGAUUUUUUCUUGCUUUAAGGACUACGGAUUAUGUAUGACUUUUUGAUUCUUGCCCUAUUUAUAAAUAUAGAGUUAAAUCGAAAAGAUUUUCGAUUUGUAUAUAUUAUUAAUAACAAAUGAAGAGAGGAUUUUCCUACCACAACAUUUAUUUUUCUUCAUUUUCUUUUUAUUUUUUUAAUUAUCCUUACGGCGAAGUCCUUUAUUAUUAAAGACACAGAAAUGCCGUUUGCACAUAUUUUUUUCAUAAGGAUAUUGGAAAACAUAAUAGAAAACAUUUCAUGGCUACAUUAAAAAUAAUGAAAAAAUAAAAAUAAGAUAAUGAUACAUAGAGAAAAUAAAUGUUAAAUUGGACUAUCUUAGGAAGCACCUAAAGCCUUACUUUGGGCAAAAAAAAAUCCGCAUCUAAUUUCUUUUAAUAAUUUGCAAUAAAAAAUUAUUUUUCUAAGCCCAGUGAAUGUAUCCGUGUUGUUUUGCAAAAAUUUACCGAAAAAUUAACGUUCGUAGAAAAAGUAUAGGUAUGCAACACGUUUAGUAAAGUUUUUUAGUCACUCGUUUAUUAAACACAUUUGUUGCAUAACAUAAUAUUAUAAAAUCGAAAUAUCUGUCGUAGUACGUUAGAUAUGGUAAUUUUUUUAAUUUUCCCUCGUAUCUCAGAAUCCGUAGGCACAAUUUUUCAAACAUGAAAAAGGUAGAGUGAACAAUGUUCAAACGGCAUCUUCGUAUCUUCAAUAUUAACGGAGUAUCCCAUAAGGACAGAUCGAAAGGACACAUUUUUUGCGAUUUUUUACAGUGUCAUUUAUUGAAAACAAGUGACGACAUCUAAAUAGCAUUUUCUAAAAGUUAAGAAUUUGAGAAUUUCUUUACUGAAGGACAUUUUUUCAUUUUAAAAAUGGGCGAUUUGCUUGGAUUGACUAAACGCCAAGUAAAACAUUUACACAACGUCGUUUGUAUAACGUGAUAUUUCGUGUCGGCGUAUCAUGAAAAUGUAAUAAAUUACGCCCCAAACUAUGUACCUUUAAUUUACUAUAGUUUAGAAACUGUUUACUCUUCCGUAAUAAAACCUGUUGAUUUUAG